UUUUAGCGCAGGCUUGCUUUUUCAUAGGCGUGUGUCCGUGUGUGCCAAAGGGUGCUCCGCUCUUACCAAUGCGAUUAAUGAACCAACUGAGGGAACACUAAACAAACAAGCUGCUUUUCCUUUUCGUCUGUGUUUCAAUACGGACGAGCUUCGCGUCUGCAAGGAAUCAUCCCUCUGCACGAGCACAAAGGAAAAUUAAAAAGGGAAGCAAAGAGUGAAACGGAGCAGGAAAUUACAGCCCGAAGAUAAGGAGAUUCUUCCUCUCACAGAGGCCAUGGAAUCCCAAGGUCUGCUGUGGAAUGUCACAACUUACUUAAGGGGUCCAACACUUUACCCUCAGCUUAAUCACCUGACUGCAGUCCUGCUGUCUCAUUGGAUCAUCUUUGGAGUUAAGCGAUGGACUCUAGCUGAACAGAAGUCUAACUGAAGACUGGUUGUGUUUCAUUCUGUUCCCUAAUUCCCUAUGACGUGCUUCUGGACAUUGUGGACAAAUGAUCUUGUGUGAAAAUCUCCAUCUAAACUCGUGAACACCACUGAGAGCCGAAGCGUUUCCACCACUGCUCGUCUCCUGAAAGGAUAACAGUGGUGAUCAGUCUGCUCUGGGUCAUGCUGUGUGGCUGACUUCUAUGCUCUAGCUGAAAUGAGGUUGGUGAUUUUGGGGUCGCGGCCCCUCUUGGCCUUGACCCUCACGCUCGCCCUCACCUGCCUGAAACAUUUGUGCCAUGGUGCGACACCCUUUCCUCAGGACCUGGAGCCCAUCAGCACCGUCGGUAGUGAACGCACCUACCUGUACCCCAGUUUCCAGGGGAACAUGUCAGAUAACGACACUGCCAGACUGGGGCUGGAUUUUCAGAGGAUGCUGCGGAUUAACCACAUGGUCUACAUUGCUGCAAGAGAUCACGUUUUUGCCAUUAACCUCAGCGCUUCAGCGGAGCGUAUCAUCCCCCAACAGAAACUGACAUGGAAGACAAAGGAUGUGGAGAAAUGCACUGUCAGGGGGAAAAACAGCGAUGAGUGUUACAACUACAUCAAAGUGCUGGUGCCACGUAACGAUGAAACUCUCUUUGCGUGUGGAACCAAUGCGUUCAACCCCACAUGUCGCAACUACAAGAUGUCUUCUCUGGAGCAGGAAGGAGAGGAGGUGGUCGGUCAAGCCCGUUGCCCUUUCGAAUCCCGCCAGUCCAACGUUGGCCUGUUUGCCGGCGGUGACUUUUAUUCAGCCACAAUGACAGAUUUUCUAGCAAGUGAUGCAGUGAUUUACCGAAGUUUAGGAGAAAGCAGCCCUGUCCUGCGUACCGUAAAAUACGACUCAAAAUGGCUACGAGAGCCUCAUUUUCUUCAUGCCAUUGAGUACGGGAACUACAUCUACUUCUUUCUCAGCGAGAUUGCUGUGGAGUACACCACCCUUGGCAAGGUGGUGUUCUCUCGGGUCGCUCGGGUGUGUAAGAAUGAUAACGGUGGCUCUCCAAGGGUUCUAGAGCGCUACUGGACGACUUUCCUGAAAGCCCGAUUAAACUGUUCGGUUCCGGGUGAUUCAUUUUUCUACUUUGACGUUCUUCAGUCAUUAACCAAUGUCAUGCAGAUCAACCACAGGCCUGCGGUGUUAGGCGUCUUUACCACUCAAGCCAACAGUAUCACCGGUUCUGCUGUAUGUGCGUUCUACAUGGAUGACAUAGAGAAAGUGUUUAAUGGGAAGUUUAAGGAGCAGCGAAACAGUGAGUCGGCCUGGACGCCAGUUCCUGAUGAAACGGUGCCCAAACCACGGCCGGGGUCCUGUGCUGGUGACGGCCCUGCUGCUGGUUAUAAGUCCUCCACAGAUUUCCCUGAUGAAACUCUUAUAUUCAUUAAGUCUUAUCCGCUAAUGGAUGAAGCCGUACCGUCUGUCAACAACCGACCCUGCUUCACUCGAACCACCAGCAGGUUCAAGUUGACCCAGAUCGCUGUGGACACAGCAGCUGGCCCUUAUAAGAACUACACGGUUCUGUUUCUGGGUUCAGAAAACGGACGAGUCCUGAAGAUUCUCGCCAGCAUGCACCCAAACUCCACCUAUAGCACGCAGGUUUUGGAGGACAUAGAUGUUUACAACCCCAACAAGUGUAAUGUGCGUGGUGAAGACCGUAGGAUUCUGGGAUUGGAGUUGGACAAAGAUCAUCAUGCCCUUUUUGUGGCGUUCUCAAGUUGCGUGAUCCGCGUUCCACUCAGUCGCUGUUCUGACUAUGACAUCUGCAAAAAGAGCUGUCUGUCCUCGCGAGACCCUUACUGCAUCUGGCUGAGUGCGGGGAACUGUGCCACAGUGGCGCCGGGAUUCAAGUCUGGAUUCGAGCAGUAUGUGGAGAGUGGAUAUCCUCAGUACCCAGACAGCUGUCAUGAUGUCUUGGCCACGACUCGCAAGCAGAACCCUGCAGUGGACUCGGCGUACGGAAAGACCUCACCCACAAGCGCCAGCACAACCAAUCAGGGGCCAGCUCUGCCCAAGGGUGUCUCUGAGACAGGUACCCGCCCCGAGGAGGGGAGGCGGGGAGGGCAGGGUUCUCCUGACUUGAAGCCAGGCAGUGUGGAGAUGGAGGGAGUGCGCCGACCCCCUGAGGUAGAUAAGUCCAACCACAGUGUUCACUACACUCUGCUCAUUGCGUGUGUCCUGGUGGCGUUUGUCCUGGGAGCUUUCCUCUCCGGAUUCCUUGUUUCCUGUUACUGCAACCACAACGUGAACAAGACCAAAAGGCUGUCGAAAGAUCCAGAAGCACCAAUCCCACAUGCCCUAUCCCUGCGCAGCCUGGCCAAGUUAAACGGCUUGCUAGAGACCCAAAACAAAGACGAGAAGCUGGAGGUAUCUUCACCCAAACUCUACAACCCUUUCUUUGCGAAUGGAAAAGAGCAGGCGCAUCGCAGGAAUGCCCAUCAUGCUGCCAUGACAGAACUCAUUCACCCACAUCAUCAUCACUCUGCAGAGCUCUCUGGGCUUCCCACACCUGAUUCGACGCCAGAGCUCCCAAUCAAGAGUAUGAAGGCCUUCAAGAACCAAUGGGAGAAGAAUCAAAACUGUAAUAACGCUAAAGAACCCAAGUCCCAUAACAUGGGAGCAUGUCGGCCAACCACUGGAAUGCAGCAUCAGAUUUUCCCCUUCUCCCAAGGACUGACUAACGGACAAGUAUUAGGUAGCUCAGCACACAUGGAGGAACGCAAAGUCCACAAUGCGGAGCGUGUGGCAAGCCAGCCAUACCACUGCUACCCACACAAGAUAGUGGAUGUGACCUCGCUCGACGAGCUUCUGAAACACAUCCAUGAAAUCAAUGUGGCUACAGGCAAGAGUCCCACUGUCCUCACCUCGUCCAUGUCAGCCAACGCCGGUCAGAUGGCGUUUGCAAACCGCGUACAGCCGCAGAUCCCAGAAACAGAAUCUGCACCAUAUUACAGUUCCUCCACGCUUCCUCGGGAUAGUCUAACUCGCCGCAUGGAUGUCCCACCAGAGAUUCCUCCCCAUCAUCAAUCUACUCUUGAGAGAGUGUCCCGUCACCCGUCUCAACGGCACUCUCUGAUAACCACUCCCAAGAUGCCCAGUGGGGGUGUGGUGCCACGGCAGCACAGCUUCAACCAGCGCAGCGCCCAUCAGCCCCUCCUGCUCUCUCGAAUGAACUCUAAUGGCAGCAGUUCAGGUUGCGACGUAUGGCAUCCACUCAUCCCUAAUGGAUACGUAUCUCGCCAACAUAGCUACAACGAGCAGCCAGAAGUCCACCGUGGAGCUAUUGUCCGUCGGACAGCCUCGCUCAAGCCCGACGUCCCACCCAAACCACUGUUCAUCCCUGCUAGCUCGCCUGUCAACCAGGCAGGGAACUUCAACUACUGAACGACGGAGAAGAAAAGCCUGUGGUUUUUCGUAAAAGUCCACUCAACCUCUCAGAACUGAUUGUGGUCAUAAACAAUUAAAAGACUGGAUGAAAAACUUGCCUUUAUGGGAAAGAAAUCCUCUGGAGAUUGGCUGCCAGUGUUGUCGACUUUACAAUUGAACUAUGACUUGUUUUUCUCAGUUUCCUGAAUAUAUUUGUACCAUAUUGGUAUUGCUCAGCUAUUGGCCAUUAGGAGAGGAGUUGUUACAGGAGUCCACCUAGAUUUUGGCUGCCACAGUGAUAAAUGUGUGUGGCUUGACGGUGUUACUUUGGACUGUCUAAACAGGUGUCAAUGAUCCAAACCUACCUUUACCUGAACUUUUAUCCGAACAAGUGUGUAUACGCCUUGUUUGAUAUUCUGAUAUUUCUUGCUUUGGCUUAACUAUUCUGUUGAUGUAGAGUUGAUGAACUGUGCUGAUUCCAAUUAGAAAUGUGUAUAUAUGCAUGCAUGUGUGUGUGUGUGUGUGUAUAUAUAUUUAUAUAUAUAUAAAUAUAUAUGUAUGUGUGUGUACAUAUACAUACCCAGUGUAUGUAUCUAGAUUACUGAAAUGGUUUGACCCCCUCAAGUUCCUUCGCCUUAUUUUGAAAGCAGAUGUGCUGUUGAAAUGCCCACACAACUUGAAGUGAUCUCUGUAAAAUCCAUAAGCAAUAAUCUCCACCAUAUUCUGUAACUCCAGUGUAAUUUAGUUAUAACAACUCAAACUCAGUAAAGUUCAAAUUCAGAUGAUUAAAUAUGGCUAGAGAAACAGAUCGGCCCAAGUGAGGUGAAUCAGUCUUGGUGUUAUAAAGGAGAUGUAUGUAUAUACCUAAGAAGAAUGUAUUCUUGUCUAUAAGCUGCAGAAUCAGUGUGAGGUGCUCCAGUAUUUACCCUUUGUCUCCUCUGUUAAAAUCAUAGGUGAAAGUGAAUCAAAAUUUUUGAAUCUCUUUUCAGUGGAAACAUCAAACAUGGUGUCCUAUCCAGGCGUGAUAAACCAAUAAAAUGAUCUCUUCUAUGUAAAUCUUAAGUUUUUGUCUUGAAUCAUCCGUGACAACUUUGUGUUCUGUUAUAUAAAGCCCUGCCCACAGUGAAAUCUGACUGGUCUAAACUUGUGCUCCACAAUCAUCACUGGCUCUGCCAUGAAGCAGUUUGACAUACUGAAACAGGUCGCACCUGGAUAGGACACGGCACAAGAGUCCAGAACAAAAAGAUUUCUUACUUUUGUCCUGAGUUAUUCAUAUAUUAUGUAAAAAUGUAUCGAUAUUAACACUACAACUGUUUUGUGUAAAUAGAUGAACAAUAACUAGCCAAAUUUUAAUUGUUCGUGUAAAUUUGUGCCUUAUUUAAUAUGAUGUGUUAAGGGGGGAGGGUGACGGCCGAGUGGGAGAGGGGACAUAAGAAAAGGGCAGAGAGGCCAUCAUUUAUCUUUUUAUUUUUAAUAUUUGUAAUUUUUUUUUAAGCUUGGUUGUCUGUAUGUCAUAAUGUUGUAGAUAUAUAUUUCUAAAUACUUUUGAUAUCCCCAGGCUGUGACGCUUUUGCAUUUUGGAACAGCAUCUACAUAGUUUUCCCUCCAAAGAGACAUCUAUCUAUCUAUCGAUCUAUCUAUCUAUCUAUCUGUCUAUCGAUCUAUCAUUAUAUCUAUCUAUCAUUCUAUCUUUCUAUCGUUCUAUCUAUCGUUCUUUCUAUCAUUUUAUCGUUCUAUCUAUCGUUUUAUCUAUCAUUCUAUCUAGCUAUUGUUCUAUCUGUCGUUCUAUAAUUUUAUCGAUUGUUUUGUCUAUUAUUCUAUCAUUCUAUCCAUUACCUUGUGUCCUAUCUUUUGCUCUAUGUAUUUCUUUGUCUAUCAUCUAUCUAUCAAUCAAUCUUUCGUUUGAUCAUUCUUUCUAUCACUCUGUCUAUCCUGUCUGUUUUUCUGUGUAUUGUUUUAUGUUUUAUCUCUUUUUUCCUGCUUUCACGUUGAACUCUGCAUUAGUUUAAGAAACCUGUGUCUUUACUGACAGGUUUGUUCUGAAAUGGAUGAAAUAAGAUGUAAGAUGCGUGAACUUCUAAACUGCAGUGAAUCUUCAGAUCUUAUGUUUAAUGGCGAGAGCAAGACUUCUUAGGCUUUGCACUCUGUUUAGAGGAGAGACUUCUGUGUGUGUGUGUGGGUGGGUGGGUGUGUGUGUGUGCGCGCGCUCUUUAUGAGGAGACCAUAUCACUUGGCUGUAGUUCAAACACAUACCUCCCUUUGCUUUUCCCCAGUACUUCAGUCUGGCAGAGUAACUCAGAACAGUUCCUCUGCUCAAAGGCAUCUUCAUCUUCUUCUUCAGUCUGUCUUAAGACUCUAUGAUGUGUCGGCGUUUGCAUAAAUUUGGUGCUGGUCUGAGAUACAGUUUUUAUCAUGUACACUUGAAUGAACCUUUCAAAUUGGCUGCCUGUAACUGUGUGCUCUGUUUCCCCUCACAAAACCAAAUGCAAUGUCACAUUUUAAUAGACGGCUACCACAUCAUAUGCAUCCCAGGUGGAAAAUGGACUGAGGGUUGAAUCCCUGCACCGUCCUCGACGGAUAUCCAGAGUGAGGAGACCGAGUGGAAAGAGACUGGUGUAGUUUCUUUGAAUUUCUUUCUAUAGACAUAAUGAUGGAAAGGGAACUGCGUGUGUCUGUUUUAUCUGCUUUAACCAUUGAGGUUUCUGUUAUUGCACAGUGUAAAUACAGUCCUGGAGUUUCCCAGGAUUCAGUGCUCUGUUAUGAUUACUAUUGGGCAAAGCCCUAUGGAUUCUCCACCUCUGCUUUUAUGGAAUACUGUUGUAUUUUCCUUAUAACAGAAAUAAAUGAAAGAUCAUAACAUGCA